CACGUUGGCCGCAAGUCACCCAAUCACUUGAAAUGGAGUCAAGAACUGAAUUACUGUCCGACGCUGCCUUCUUUCAGGAGGCGGCAGACUUCUUGGACAGGAGUUGCAGCUCACCUAGCAGCACCGUGUUCAGCGGUGUCGAGCAAAGUGAACCCAAUGCAACUUCUGACAUGUUAGAACUACUGGAAUCAAGCGUGGACGCAUCCAGCAAUACCAGUCUUGAUGAGCGCGACCUCGCCGUCAUUGCAUUGACCGUCCAUCGUGAAAAGGAGAAGCUUCGCCGCCGCAAGCAACGCCAACGCGUUAAAAAUGAGUUCGUAAAACUGCGUCAAGCGAACGACGAACUGAGCUUGAAGCUCAAGAAGCUGAGACUUGCCCAGGAAGCGAGGCGUAAUCCAAGUGAACAGUGCUCAAUCUGGAAAGAAUUCGCUCUGCUCCAGCGACAGGAGCGACUCAGAUCGGAGGCAGAGAAGAGAAGACUGACCGCAACGGCGCAAGUUCAAGCGACUUACAUUGAAAAUCUCCAUGGACUGUUUCAAUUACAGCAAAACAGCGCUACACUCGAGAACACCCUGACGUCAUCUGUGAUCAAAGACGCAGCAGGCCAUCGCCUUGAAUCGACAGAUAUGCCAAUGCUAUCUUCGCUAUUGCAAAAGAUUGACUCAUGCCGUGUCAAAAUGGACGGUAUUCUGAAUGAAUGUGGUCUGUUGAUGAUGCCUGCGGGGGUGAAAAGCUCAAUGCAUUGGUGUGAUGAGAGCGGUGAGUUGAAAUACCAUCAGAGUCUGCAAAAGCUCACGCUGCCUUUCGAUUUGGAAACAGCUCAACAGGGUUGCUGGAAAUCAUUUGACUUUCAACAGCAUCAGCGCGAUCGCAAAGAGUACGAUGGAAUUGGCGACUCUGAAAACACAGUGGCACUAAAAUACCGCGUGGUCCGAACUCUGGCAUCCGGUAUGUCUGUUUCCGUGGUGCAAUGGCUUGUUGCUCGUCGAUUCAUCGAGGAAUACCGAGUUUCAUAUAUAUGGAAAACGUACACGGAGGGCGAGGGGAUUUUCCGCGGGAUGCACUCCAAUCAAACAGGAUGGUGUUCCCUUCGGCCGCUGCCAGAUGGAUCAGGAACGUCUGGCGAACUUUGUAUUCGUCAAUUCCCAGUCCUCUUCAACGCGUCUCCGACGUCUGCUAACGAGUUCUAUGGCUUUCUCCAAUCCACGCUUGAUGAGGACAAACGUGAUUCGUUUACAGUCAUUCACGACAGUCUCCCUGAACAUUAUAUCGCAGUAUGUUGCACAGCAAGUUGGACAGUAUAAUCUCCAAGUUUGAUAUCUUGACUGUGUUGAAAAUGCGGGGAAUGUCCUCGGUUGAGUUGCCUGGCCUCAUUUGGGAUGACAAGCUAUUAAAGAUAUUUCGUUUGACGCCGGAAAAAAAGUAUAUCUGCGAAAUUCUUCUCCACAACCGUGGCAAUGUUACUGGACUAAACAGUGUACGGUCCUAAAUUGGAUCAUCUGCAUAACUCUUUAGGAAAAAAAAUGAUGGUUGAGACUCUAUUGUUUGUAGUACAUAACAAGCUAUGCACAGCGUGGGGAUGCCUGUUUAGCGUCCAUCUCGCCACUAGAGUCGCCAUGUACAAA